CAAAGGACUGAAGUUAAGUUCGCGCUAGUGUGAUCGGUAGGAAACACACUCCUACAGUGGCGCACGCGUGUGUGUGUGUGUUUUCAUGGAAUUUACACUAAACCGCUAUGGGAGUACAGUGUUUGUCACCAUCCUGUCAAAGGAUUUUUAAAGUCCCUGAAGCGUAAGAGGAGAGGAGAGAAAGAGCUUCCUGGAAGAGUCACUCAACUGGACCUCAGGCUUGAGGAUCCUCAUGGAGAUACUGAAGAUGGCUGCUCCGGGAGCAACCAUACUCACAAUAGCGAUGGUACUCCUGAACUCAGCCAGGUGUCAGGGGAGCAUGGGAAAGGGAAAGGACAGCUCACCAAUGAGGUUCACGCACCACCUGUACAACACCACUAUCAAUGAGAACUCUGCCCCACGGACGUAUGUCGAGAGUCUGGUUAAGAUGGGCAUAGAAGUAACAGAUAUAUUCUGGGACAUCAAAUAUAAUAUAGUUUCAGGUGACGAUGAUCAGCUUUUCCAAGCUGAGGAAGUCAAGAUUGGGGAUUUCUGUUUCCUACGGAUCAAAACACGCAGCAGUAACUCAGCACUCCUGAACAGGGAGGUCAGAGACAAUUACAUCCUCACUGUUGAAGCCACCGAAAGCACUUUUGACCUCCAGGCCAAAACCAAGGUGUCCGUCCAGGUGCUUGACACUAAUGACCUGAAGCCUCUGUUCUAUCCUGCUUCUUACAAUGUAGCCAUCAGUGAGGACACACCACUUCAGUCCAGUCUAGUCAGGGUGAGUGCUACAGAUGCCGACAUCGGCAGCAAUGCUGAAUUUUACUACUCCUUCACCAGCAGAGUCCAUCCAUUUGCCGUGGAUCCUUUCACAGGCAUAGUCAGCCUUAUCAAGAAGCUCAAUCACACUCGAAUGGAGAGAUACGACCUCACUGUUUUAGCUGAGGACAGGACCAAGAAGAUAUCUGGUGUUCAGAAAUUUGGUAACGUUGCCAGGAUAAUAGUAAAUGUACAAAAGGCCUCCUCUGUAUCUCCAGUCAUAACACCUCAUCCCAACCAAAGAGUUUCUACAAAUGGCAAAAUAACUAUUGAUGUCCAUGUGGACUCUGGUGUAAAGCCAGUGGAAUCCCUAAAUGUUGUUGGAGGGGAUCCUCACAAGUGCUUUGAGAUUAUCCCCUCGGGUGUGCAGGGCAAUGACUUUCAAGUGAUCUCCACCAAGCGGAUUAUCUGGUCUCACACCCCAUUUGGGCUGAAUUUGUCCCUUCAAGCUAAAGACAGGAGCAUCCCGGCUUUGCUCUCCCGAAUUACACAAAUCCAUGUUCCGGCCCAUCAUUACAGUCCAUUGGCAUUUCUGGAGGACACUUACAUUGUUACGCUGAGUGAAUUUUCACCACCAAAAACUCACGUGGUCAGGGUCUCUGUCAAUUUCGUCCCAUUUAAUGUUACCUUCAGUAUUAAAAAUAACCCAGACAGUACAAAGUUCAAGAUAAACCCCAAAACAGGAAUUAUCAUAACCACUGAGAAAUUUGACUAUGAGACAAAGGAUCGAUAUGAGUUUGACAUCAUUGCCAAUCAAGGUGAAGCUGAGACUCACAUAGUAGUGGAGAUAACAGAUGAAAAUGACAACAGCCCAACAUUCACCCAGAACUCCUAUCAAGCCACACUGGAAGAAAACACCCCUGUUGGUAGCAGUGUAUUGACAGUAACAGCCAUAGACGAAGAUAAAGGCAAAAAUGGAUUUGUGACUUAUUCCAUCGCCAACUCAGGCCCUGUACCAUUCACAAUAGACCCAUUCACAGGUGUGAUCGCAACCUCAGAACAUUUAGACUAUGAGCUGAUGAAACGUCAGUACCACCUCAGAGUGUGGGCCUCUGACAGCGGCAGUCCCUUCAGUCAUGUCAGUGAGUGCGCCGUGACAAUCACAAUGAGUAAUGUCAAUGAUAACAUCCCUCUGUUUGAGAAGGUGGACUGCCAUGCCACAAUGCCACUAGACUCACCUGUGGGACAAACGAUUGUCGAGCUGUCGGCCAUUGAUUUAGACGAGCUGGAGCAGCUGAAAUAUGUCAUCGAGUCAGGGAAUGAGCUCCGACUGUUUGCUGUCAACUCGGUAUCAGGAGCCAUCUCCCUGCGCCAACCAAUUCCUCCAUUUAUAACAGGAACAGAGGUGGUUUUAUUUACCUUGAGAAUCAUAGCCACAGAUGGUAAACAUCACUCUGAACCUUCAGUUGUCACCAUAACUGUCUCUAGUAAAGGUGACAAUGCUACAGUCUACUGCCGGGAGACGGGCAUUUUCAAACAACUGACUGAUAAACUCAUAGAAUCAAUCAAACCCAUUUUAACAGACCAGGAGGACGAAUCGUUCUCGGACAUUCACAUCAUCAACAGACAUUCUCCAAAGUUUGACCUAAGUGUCCCUGGUUCUAUUGACGUCACUGAGGACCACCCACUGAAUAACACCAUCAUUCAGUUGAAAGCGACUGAUAAUGACACUGGGUUCAAUGGCAAGCUGGUGUACGCUAUAUCAAGUGGGAAUGAGGAUGGCUGUUUCUCCAUUGACACCUUCUCUGGUGAACUUCAGUUAGUUUGCCCAUUAGACAGAGAGAGCAAAGAAUUCUACAUUUUAAACAUAACUGUUUACGAUUUGGGAACCCCGCAAACAUCCGUGUGGAAAUUAAUUGCGGUGAAUGUUAUGGAUGUAAAUGAUAAUCCUCCGUUUUUCAGUCAGCCCAGAUAUGUGAUACGCAUCCCUGAAAACACAGAGGUGGAGUCCAGCAUAUUUAAAGCUCAUGCAGUGGAUUUAGACACAGAUGCCAGCGGUAGUGUCGAAUACUCCCUGCUGACAGCCACUGAGCUGUUCAGAGUUGAUGAACUGACGGGCGAGGUGAGGGUGACAGGGCAUUUGGAUCGAGAAAUCUCACCCAGGCAUGAUCUGCGGAUUGAAGCGAGAGACCAGGCCAAACUCGGCCAUCAGCUGUUCUCUACCACCGACUUAGUGGUAGUACUGAAAGACAUCAAUGACAAUCCACCCAAGUUUAUGCCCAAGAUUUAUAAAAUAAAAGUUCCUGAGGAUGUUCCUGUGGCCACAGUGUUGGUCUGGGUGGAAAGUGUCGAUUUAGAUCUGGGCAGCGGAGGUCUCAUCACCUACAACCUCAAGAACACAGAGAACGGGGUCUUUCACAUUGACCCCUCCACGGGUGUCUUGACCCUCGAGAAGGAGCUGGACUUUGAGAGGUGGCCAUCUUACAACCUCACAGUGCGUGCCGUCGAUCACGGCCUCCCUCGCUCGCUCUCGUCCUCCUGCUUCGUGGAGAUUGAGGUCCUAGAUGUCAACGAGAACCUCCACCGGCCCGCAUUUUCUGAGUUUGUGUACGAAACCAGUGUGAUGGAAGAUGCUGCAGUGGGGACAUCGGUGGUAACGCUGACGGCUUCAGACAAGGACCUGGGACGGGAUGGAGUGGUCCGGUACCACAUUCACGAUGGCACUGGUCUGGGAGUCUUCACCAUCAAUGAGGAAACAGGUGUGAUUCGUACAGCUGAGACGUUGGACCGCGAGACAGUGCCUCACUACUGGCUUUCUGUCUACGCCACUGACUUGGGCACUGAACCUCUGAUCUCCUGGACCCAUGUCUACCUCGAGGUCCUGGACGUUAAUGACAAUGCUCCAGAACUUUCUCAGCCUGUGUAUUUUACCACCGUCCAGGAGAACGUGGCAAAGGCCAAGUCGAUCCUCCAGGUUUCAGCAGUGGAUGUGGACACAUCAUCUGAGAGUAAGCUCUCCUUCCAGAUGCUGGACUCACAGCGGACAUAUUUUGACAUUGAUCCCAAGACAGGUGUGAUCACCACUCUCGCCGCUUUGGAUCGGGAGGAUAAACCAGAGCACAGCAUCGAGGUCAUAGUCUCAGAUAACGGAUCUCCAGCCCUGCGCUCCACCGCCACCGUGGUGAUCCGGGUUCUGGACGACAACGACAACCGGCCAAAGUUCACCGACAAACUCUUCCACGUCAAGCUGCCCCAGCAGCACGGCCGCGCCGGUAAACGGGAAGUCUGCAGGAUGGUUGCCCGCGACGACGACGAGGGCUCGAACGCCAUGGUGACGUACAGUUUGCAGGACAACCGGGACAGCAGGUUUGAGAUCGACCCUGUGACCGGCGUGGUGACGUCACAUGGCGACUUCUGGCCUGGGAACUACAGCAUUCUCACAAUUAGAGCGACAGACCAGGGCAGACCGCCGCGGUCGUCCACCGCCCGCCUCGACAUGGAGUGGAUUGCCCGCCCGCCGCCCUCCGCCGACCCAAUCACAUUCGACGAGCCCCACUUCACCUUCGCUGUCAUGGAAACGGAGCCUGUCACUCACAUGGUGGGCAUCAUCAUGACGGAGACGCAGCGGCUGAAGUGGUUCGAUAUCGUAGGCGGUGAUGAGGAAAAGGACUUUGACAUUCAGAAGAAUACAGGGACCAUCUUGAUCGCCCGUCGGCUGGAUGCAGCCCGGCGCUCCAACUACAACCUGACAGUGCGGGUCACCGACGGCCACCACAACGCCACCACGCAGGCCUACAUCCGUGUGUUGGACAUGAAUGAGCAUCGUCCCGUCUUCCUGAAAGCGAUUUAUGAGGUCAGAGUUCCUGAGGACACUUCCCCAUGGAAGGACAUCCUGCAAAUCAGCGCUCAGGAUGCUGACACCAACAGCAAGCUGGUCUACUCCAUCCACAGCAGCCUCCAUCCAGAAUCCACAAAGCUCUUCCAUUUGGACCCAAAGAGUGGCGUCCUGGUGAUGACAGAGGAACUGGACUAUGAGAAGAUCUCUGUCCAUACACUCAUCAUCAUGGUGCGUGACCAGGAAAUCCCAGUCAAGAGAAAUUUUGUGAAGGCGGUGAUUUACGUGGAGGAUUGUAAUGACCACUCACCGAUCUUCCUCAGCCCACGCUAUGAGGCCAGCAUCUCCAACCUGGCCCCGACUGGGUCAGAAGUCAUCAGGGUCAAGGCGCUGGACAAGGACAUGGGCAGCAACUCUGACAUCAACUACUCCCUGCACUCUGGGAAUAUUGACAACAUCUUCUCCAUAGACCCAAAGCUGGGGUCCAUUAUUGUGUCUAAGCCUUUAGACCUUCAGCCUCAGGACCAGUUCCACUUGACAGUGAAGGCCACAGACCAGGGCUUCCCUCAGCGCAGUGACCUCUGCUCUGUCCAUGUUCACAUUCGAGUCUCUGAUCAAACGCCACCUGCCUUCCCAUCGGAUGAGUAUUUCACAGAGAUCAGUGAAUUUAGCACGCCUGGAACACCAGUGGUUACCAUCUCAGCCUCCAGCCCAGCUGCAGUGUAUUAUGCCAUUGAUAAAGGCAACACCAAUGGCACGUUUCACAUGAACCCCUUUACUGGACUGAUUUCAACCCAAAAACACCUUGACUUUGAGAACUGUCUCUCCUACAAGCUGAAAGUUACAGCCUCCACCAUGGCUGGAGCCUCAUCCCACACCGCUGUUUACAUCUAUGUGAUUGACGAGAAUGACAACGCCCCUGUUUUUCAGCAGAAGGAGUACCUUGGACAGAUAAGUGAGUCAGCUCACAUUAACAGCAUGGUGAUGGGAGAAAGGAACACCCCUCUGGUCACCCAGGCCUCGGAUGCAGACAGAGACACAAACUCUCUGUUGGUCUAUCACAUCCUUGAACCAGAGGCCUUGAAAGUCUUCAAGAUAGACUCAAGUGUGGGCACUCUCUCUAUAAUAUCACCAGUUGACUUUGAAGCCAUGGCUGAAUAUCACUUCACUGUGCAGGUAAGAGACUCAGGAGAGCCAUCGCUGUAUGCAGCAGAGCCUGCCAAGGUCACCGUCCGUGUCCUGGACCUGAAUGACUGCCCACCGCAAUUCACCAUGCCAGUGUAUGAGCCGUCCAUCAUCUUCCCAGCUGUCAGAGACACAGAGGUUGUGCGUGUUAUGGCCCAUGACGCCGACUCUGCCGUAUCAUACAGCAUCACCGAGGGGAAUCUUCACAAUGCCUUUUCAAUUCACCCCAACACCGGAGUCAUCACUGUGAGCAAUGUGUCUGAGUUUAGGCCAUUUUACGAGCUGGUUGUCAAAGCCUCUGAUGGACUCUACAAAGAUUCAGCAGUAGUCAAGGUGAACUUUACAAACGUAACAGCAAGCAACCUUGGAUUUGAGCAGAAAGUGUAUUCAGCAAGCGUUACGGAAAACCUAAUGACAGUCAAAACUUUAGCAGCACUCAGUGCUACAGGCUGUUACCUAAAUGAGCCUCUUUUGUAUUCUGUCUUAAACCCUAUGGGUAGGUUUACCAUAUCCCAGACAUCGGGUGUACUUGAAACUACUGGCAUCCCUUUUGACAGAGAGGAGCAAGAUGUGUAUGAUGUAGUGGUGGAGGUACGAGACAUGAGAACGCCACCUAGGACAGCUACAACUCAGGUCAAGGUGUACAUAGAUGAUGUAAAUGACAACACUCCACAGUUUCUAAAUCUACCUUUUUCCAUGAUGAUAUCUGAGGACUCUGAACCAGGUGAUGUUUUAUAUCAAGUGACUGCAAUUGACAGGGAUCUGGGAGAAAAUGGAUCUGUCAUGUACUCACUGGAGGAGGACUACGGUCUCUUCAGAAUAGACCCUGAUGUUGGUGAUGUAUCCCUUCAAAGACCUCUUGAUUUUGACGCCCUGAACAAGUAUGUGCUGACCGUUCUGGCUACAGAUGAGGGAGAGUCUAGUCGCACCAUCUCAGCACAGCUCAGUAUCCAAGUCAGAAAUCGAACCAACCCAAUUUUCCAGACUCUGCUUUAUCCACUGAAAGUCCCUGAAAAUGUACCCCCAUUCACCACCAUCUUACACGUUCAGGCCAGAAAUCCAGAGGGCUAUCGCCUCAUCUACAAUCUUGAGGAGGAAAAUGCAUCAAAACACUUUCAUAUUGAUUUCAAAACAGGUGUACUGACUGUCACCAACCCUCUCGACUAUGAGAGCGAGACCAUGCAUGUCUUGACAGUUCGAGCUACUGACUCUGUGACUGGAGCUUUUUCUGAGGCCACGAUUGAGGUGGAGGUGGAGGAUGUGAACGAUAAUGCUCCAGUUUUCUCACACCUGACUCACACUUCAGAAAUCGCUGAGGGGCUUCCUGUUGGCAGCUCUGUCAUUCAGCUGUCUGCCUUUGAUAGAGACUCUGGGAGAAACAAGGAUUUCACCUUCCAUCUGGUGAAAACAGAGGGAAAUGAGACCGAUUUCUUUGAGAUAGACCCUGAGAGUGGGUUGAUUGUCACCACACAGGUGCUCGACCAUGAAAGCACAAAUCACUUUCAUUUGAAAGUCAAAGCCAUUGACAAUGGCACUAUUCCUCUCAGUAGUGAGGCACAUGUUUUUGUAAAUGUCACCGAUGUCAAUGACAAUCCACCAAACUUUGUUGAGUCCCAUUACGAAGCCACACUGGAUGAAAUGGCAAAGUGUGGCCACAUAGUCAUCAAAAUCCAAGCUUCAGAUCCCGAUAUCAGGGAUCUGAAUAAUCUAAAGUACAAAAUUCUCUCAGGGAAUGAAGGCCGGUACUUCAACAUCAAUGAAUCCUCAGGAAUCAUCUCUUUUUCUAAUGUUUGUAAGAGGAAUCUGGAUCCCUACUACAACUUGACUGUAGCAGUGUCUGAUGGAGUGUUUCAGAACACUGCACCAGUCAAUAUUGAUAUGAUGAACACCAACAGGCACAGUCCCUACUUCAAACAGAAUAUCUAUGAAGCCGAGCUGGCUGAAAAUGCAGAGGCUGGGACUCGUGUGAUCCGAUUGGCUGCCAUAGAUCCUGACGAUGGGCCAUAUGGCAGUGUUGACUACACCAUCAUAAACAAACUUGCUGAUGAGAAAUUUGCAAUUGACAAUGACGGACAGAUUGUCACAACACAGCCACUGGACAGGGAGAAUCCCAGUCAGAGAGUCAUAGCUAUUAAAGUGAUGGCUAAAGAUGGUGGAGGAAGAGUGGCUUUUUGCACCGUCAAAAUUAUUCUCACAGAUGAGAACGACAAUGCUCCUCAAUUCCAAGCAUCCGAAUACCAGGUUUCAAUCCAGUCAACUGUAAAUAAAGGCUCUCCUGUCAUUCAGAUCAUGGCUUAUGAUGCCGAUGAAGGGAAAAAUGCCGAUGUCACCUACACUGUGGACGAAGCCGAAGAGGUGACAGAAGACAUUAUUGAGAUCAACCCUUUCACUGGAGUUGUGAGUGUGAAAGAGAGUCUAGUUGACAUGGAGAACAAGAUCUUCAACUUCAAAGUCAAGGCUCGUGAUGGCGGCCUCCCGUUCUAUAACUCCACCGUCCCCGUUCAGGUCAAAGUGGUUCCACCUGAGGUUCCUCUCCCAAAGUUCUCAGAGCCUCUCUACACCUUUUCAGCCACCGAGGACAUCCCCAUGGGGACAGAAAUAGGCUAUGUGAAGGCUGACUCCGACAUGCCUCUCAUAUACAGCCUGGUGAACGGGAACACAGUCGAAAGCAACAGGGACAAAGUCUUCACCUUGGACAAAGACAGCGGAACUUUGUUGGUACAGAAGACCAUUGACCAUGAAAAGACAAAGUGGUACCAGAUAGAUGUGAUCGCUCAGGGGAACCACAACGGGACAAACAUCGCAUCGCUGGUGUCUGUUAACAUCCAAGUCCAGGAUGUGAACGAUAACCAGCCGGUAUUUGAAGCAAAUCCAUACAGGGCCUUCUUGGCUGAGAACAUGCCUGCUGGAACCACUGUCAUUCAGGUGACAGCCAAUGACCCAGACACCGACACCAACGGUCUGGUGACCUACACCCUGGAGUCACUCACUGACGACGUCUCAUCGGCAGACAGCGACAUCACCAAUGUGUUCUCCAUCGAUGGAGAGAGCGGCUGGAUUACGACUCUUCAGGAGACAGACUGCGAGGCCGCGAGGCUCUACAGGUUCAACGUGGUUGCCACGGAUCACGGUGGCGACGUCAAGCUGUCGUCCUCUGUCCUGGUGGAGGUGACGGUCACCGAUGAGAAUGACAACCCGCCACGUUUCUCCGAGGACAUUUAUCGUGGCUCGGUGGUGGAGAACAGCAGGCCCGGUGAUGUCAUCGUCUCCAUGACAACCACAGACGCUGAUGUGUCGCUGGAAAACCGCCUUGUGACGUGUUACAUCACAGACGGGGACCUGUUGGGCCAGUUUGCCAUCGUGCAGGAGGAUGAAGGCGAGUGGGGUUUGAUCCUGAAGGAAACUCUCGACCGAGAAAUCAAAGACAAAUACAUCCUGAAAGUCAUGGCCACUGACAGACGGUUCGAGGCUUCGGCCACCGUGGAAGUCCAUGUGCUGGACAUUAAUGACAACAGUCCACUGUGUGAGCAGCUGGUGUACACUGAGGUGGUGAUGGAAAAUUCGCCCUCCAGCAUGUUUGUUCUGAAGGUCUCGGCGUCAGAUCCAGACGUGGGUGCUAAUGGCCAGAUCUCUUACACCCUCCACGGUCCCGACGCCGACAAGUUCCAUCUCGACCACAGAACAGGUGAGCUGUUCACCCUGGCUGUCCUGGACCGGGAGAGGGAGGUUGAGUACAACCUGGUGGCCAAAGCGACAGAUGGCGGUGGUCGCUCCUGCCAGGCAGACAUCUUGCUGAUGAUCCAGGACAUGAACGACAACCCACCUCGCUUCUCCUCCAGCCACUACGAGGUCACCGUGUUCGACAACACGACCGUGCGGACGCCCAUCGCUGUCAUGUACGCUAAGGACCCAGACACUGGUAUAAACUCGGAGGUGAAGUAUUCCCUCCUGUCCGGCGACGGCGGCUACUUCUCCCUGGACGAGUUCUCGGGCGUCCUGCGGCUGGAGCGUCCGCUGUCCCCCGACGCCCCGCCGACCUUUGAGCUGAAGGUCAAGGCCACGGACCGCGGCCUGCCUCGCCACCUCUAUUCCGUCGCCACAGUAACGGUGGACGUCGUCUCCCUGGACGACUACCAGCCCGUCUUCCUGAGCUCAGAGUACACCGCCCAGCUCCCAGAGUCCACGGCGGUCGGCGCGGAGGUGCUGAGCGUCUCCGCCCUCACCAGAGACGGCGGCGGGCCGGAGCCCAUCGUCUACACCAUCGUGUCCGGAAACGGAGAUAAGCGGUUCCUGCUGGACCCGCAGACAGGACUUCUGACGCUAAGCGAGCCGCUGGACUUCGAGGUCUGCCGGGAGUACUACCUGUCUGUGGAGGGAAGCCGCGGCAAGUCGUCCCUCAGCGACGUCGCCAUGGUGAUCAUCAACGUGACGGACGUGAAUGACAACGCUCCGGUGUUUGGACGGGGCGACUACAGCGCCGAGAUCUCGGAGGCCCUGGCACCUGGAAGCCUGGUGAUGCAGGUCACCGCCACAGAUCAAGACGGCCCGGUCAACAGUCGGCUUCGUUACUCCAUAGUGAGCGGCGACUCUCUGCAGCAGUUUUCGAUUCACCCUCGCAGCGGGGAAAUCACCAUCCGCACCGCUCUGGACAGAGAGGAGGUCCCCCAUUACUCUCUGACGGUGCAGGCAGCAGAUGAAGGCGAUCCCCCUCUGUCUUCAGCGGUCCAGGUCACUGUCACCAUCACUGAUGUCAACGACAACCCGCCCGUCUUCUCCCUGAUCAACCACAAUCUGCUGCUGCAGGAGGGUGAGUCGGUGGGCAGCAGCAUCCUCCAGCUCGUGGUGACGGACAAGGACACACCCAGGAACGGCCCCCCCUUCUCCUUCCAUAUCGUCAGCGGCAACGAGGACCGCCGUUUCCAUGUCGACCAGGGCGGCCUGCUGUCGCUUUCCUCUCCGCUGAGGAAGAAAGUCAAACCCCAACAUCAGCUCAAGAUACAGGUGACAGACAGCGGCCACCCUCCCCUCUCGUCCAUCUGCGUGGUCAACAUCAAUGUCACCGAGCAGAGCAAGUACCCUCCCUCUGUAGUGCCUUUGGAAGUCUUCAUCACCACUGCCGGCGGGCUGUUCGCCAACCGGGUCGUCGGCAAGCUCCACGCCUCCGAUCAGGACCUCCAGGACAUCCUGAGCUACAGGCUGGUCUCAGAACACCCGGACGGGGGCAGGUUCUCCGUCGACCUGGCCGAUGGCAAGAUCUGGGCGGACGAUGCUUUGGCGGCGGGGACUUACUCACUCAAUGUCAGCGUGACCGACGGGAAGUACAGCGUCUGGGCCGGGGUCAAAGUUCACGUGUGGGCGGCUGACCAGAGGUCGCUGGACUCCGGCCUGACACUGCAGCUUGUCGGGAUGUCGCCGGAGGAGUUUCUGGGCGAUCACUGGAGAGGCCUCCAGCGGAGCCUGGGAGUCGCCCUGGGAUUACCCAGGCAGGAGCUCCACCUGGCCAGCCUGCAGCAGCUCCCUGGCGCCCAGGUGCUGGAGGCUCUGCUCAUCUGGAAGCCUCACAGUGGGCCUGUCCAGUCUCUCCCAACCAGCAAACUCGCAGGUAUUAUAUCGGACAUCGAGGACUCUCUGGGCCUCAGCAUCCUCAGGGUGAGCCAUAACGGGUGUUUGGGCGCUGGUUGUCCGCCACGUGGCUGCAGGAAUGCUGUGCGGCUGACAGGAGAGCACCUGAGCCACUACACCACCGCCAGAGCCGGUUUCAUCACUCCGAAACACAUCUGGGAGAGCGUCUGCCCCUGCAACGAGUCCGCGGUGAGAUUCGACGGUAAAGGCUACCUCAAGUACCUCCACCAAAUGGAUGAAGACAGCCAGCAUUUCAAACUGUCGCUGCGGUUCAAGACUUUCCAGAAGCAAGGCCUCAUCAUGGCCGCCAACGGCACCGACUGGGGAACCUUAGAGCUGACCAACGGGGAGCUGCAGUUCAGGUACAGCUGCAGCAACGCCCUCACCGAGUCGCUGCUGGUCAGAUCUGACCCGCUGUCAGACGGCCGAUGGCACCACGCCCUGCUGGAGGUCAACUUUACCACCGUGAGGCUGACCGUGGACCAGCAGCACCCGGCCUCCACCGUCCUGCCUGAGCCCUGCCGCGUGAUGCGCUCCCAUGGUGCUUUGCUCUUCGCCUCUACCAUUCAGGACUCCGUGCUGGACGCCGGCGCGCACCAGCAUAAUUUCAUCGGCUGCUUGGAGGGCCUGGAGUUCAACGGGCAGCCAAUCAGAGUCGGCGACGCGGUGGAGUGGACGGGCCCAGGGAGCAGGAGGGUGUUCGGGGUGUACCAGUGCUGUGGCACAGUGGGAGUGUGUGACAGCAACCCCUGCCAGAACGGAGGCGCAUGUGAGGAGGACGCCAGCGGAGAGCCGCGCUGCAGGUGUGCCGGCCGCUUCCACGGCCCCCGCUGCGAGCUGGACGACAACCCGUGUGCCUCCCAGCCCUGUGCCCACGGUGGGGUGUGUGUGCCAAAGGCUCAAGGUUACAUGUGCAACUGUUCGCAAGACAUCGCCGGAGCGAGGUGCCAGAACCUGAUUGACGGCUGUUCGCCCAAUCCGUGCCCCGGAGGAUUUGACUGUAAAUUUUCUGACGGCUCCAUCCACUGCGACCCCCUGCCUCAGGUAUCUCCGGUGAUCGGCUAUGUGGAAAUCAUGGAGAUCAGUGCCAGCGUGCUCGGUUUGCUCUUCUUGGUUGGCAUCUUUGUCUGCGUCAGGAAACGUUACGUCCAGCAGAAGAAGAAGCCCGUUUGCGUCCAGGACUCCAACGGCUACUUCCAGCCCAGUCUGGCCAAGAGCAUCAACCAGGAGGUCAACCCCAUCGAGAUGAGCUCAUUGGUCGGUUCCAGCAACGACCUCGACCACACGCCGUUCCGCUCGCUCCGACCCUGCAGCCAGAUCGGCUCAUCGGGGGUUUCCUCCCCAAAGACGCAGGGGCCGGUGGUGUGCAGCGUGGCCCCCAACUUGCCCGUGCGGCCGCCAUCCAUCUCCGACAAUGACUCCAUCAGGAAGAACAACUGGGACAUGGACUAUGAAGUUUACCCAGCGGACCCCGACUACUAUGGCCGCCCGACGGUGCAGGAGUUCCCCCAGUUUGACAUCGUGGAGGACACCUACUCCACCUCCACCGUGGACUCGCGCAGGAACUCGCGAUUCGGCGGCUUCCCCUUCCCGCUGGAGCGCUUCGACCGCCGCGCCCCGCUGCCGCCGUGCUACAGCAACCAGAACCUGGACGACUUCCUGGGUCCCGACGGGCUUCCCCUGCCCAGCUCGCAGUGCCCCAACGAGUACACGGCCAUCAGCUACUACCCCACGCAGCACACCCGCAGCCUCGACAACGUCUCGGGGGGCUACAAGAGACUCAGCAUGCGUCUGAGCGUGGCCAUGCCUUCGUACGCCGAGCAGACCAGCCCGCCGCCUGCGCCCAACCCCGCCCAGCCCCAGACCCGCCCGGCCCGGCAGAACUCACGCAGCUGCGACGGGUCAGACAUGGUGGAGAGCGAUUACGGGAGUUGCGAGGAGGUCAUGUUUUAAGGCGAAGGCUGGGUUUGAAACUUUAUACCGUAGCCCCCCUACCUACCUGGAUCCAUUUCGUGGCAGUUUGUGUCCCAUCUGGUCAAUAUUCACUUCACUCAGUUGGAUAGCGGAACAUAAGAUGAUGCAAGUGAACGCCAUCUAUCCUCUGUUAACCCGAAUUUAAGGCAGCUUUGUGUACAAGCACACUUUUAACCACUGAGCAGCGUCUCCGCGGCCUCUCAGAGCGAGAGCCGAGUCUCUUUUCGCCCUGGUGGAGAUGAAAGCAUCGAGUGAAAUAGUGCUUAUGAUGUCUUUUUAUUUGGUUUGCUU